GUGCAUUUUCUCUAAAUCAAUGAAUGUCUAUUUCAAAAACCAUAGAAAACCCACAAUGCAUUUUACUCAUUAUGAAAGUGAAAAACUAUGACAAAAUCAGAAAAGACAGUAGACUUUACAUUAAGGUACUGAGGUUUAGUUUACUCACCUUAUUCCUCUUUUUAACCCCAACCCAAACUCAAAUAACAAAUUAACUAAUUAUUCAGAUGGCAAUGUAAUUCUCCUUUUGUGUUUUCUGGUUGCAGUUUGCAUAUCUAGGUCAAUCAAAAGCUAGUAUAAGAGGAGUUCAGUCACUUUGUAUGAGAAAAUCCCCAAAACAAUCAUUUUCUGUAUCUGUCUUUUUUACUAUGUGUAUUUGACAGAAUCUUGUCCAAAAAGGGUCCUUAUCAUUCAAAAAUGUUUUAUUUUGGCUGAUCUGGAUUGAUUUUAAGAUAAACUCACUCAUUUUUAUUUUGAAUAAGGUCCAUUGCAAAUUUUCUUAAAUUAGACAGACCAUGUAGUUGGGGUUAGGGUAAUGGAAAGUGAUGACAAUCGCUGUGUACAAAAAUAACUAGUAAUGUUUAUGCUUAUGUUUAUUGCACUGUGGGUGGAUGUGUGGUAAAAAGACUCAUUUGACACGUUAGGUUGUGUGAGGUGAGCUCAUAAUUUCCUCCCCCAUUGUGUGGCCACAAUGUCUAUGCUCCAUAGUGACAGGGAACGGGUGAGGUGAGGUUAGGGGUUCGCAUAGAUAUAAAAGCAGAGAUCAAAACUUGGCAUCUCAGAAAGACAGAAACUGUUUGAAGGAGUACCCGUGCCUGCUGUUUGCUCACUCAUCAUUGACACAUCAGCUCAACACUUAAUCCUUGAGGGCAAGGUGUUCUUCUGAAGAUGAAGUUCAGUCUGAUUUUAGCCUCUCUUCUCUGUUUCCAUGCACAAACAAACCUAGUCCAUUCACUAGCGGCACCUGUACAUAACUGCCAGUGUGCUUGGUGGUCCAAAACACAGGUCCCUUACACUAAGAUUAAGAGUUACAGGAUUCAAGAAGAAGGCAUUUGUUCCAUCAAGGCAGUAGUAUUUCAAACUGUGGACAAAAAGAAAAUUUGCUCCAACCCAAACAACAAAUGGGUGCAACAUGUCAUGCGGGUGCUGAAUGUAAAGACAAAGCCACCACCAACAAAAAGACCAAGUGAGGGAAGAUUCACAAAGCCAGACCCAACAACAAAACCAUCAACAGAGACAAGACAGCGUGAGAAAGGAUGCACAAAGAUAGAGCCAACAACCAGACCAACACCUAAGACUAGACCAAUUGAGGAAAGAUCCACAAAGUUAGAUCCAACAACAAAACCAACACCAGAGACUAGAACGAUGGAAAAAAGAUCCACAAAGGUGGACCCAAUGACAAAACCAUCUCUGAAAAUAAGACAGAGUGAAAAAAUAUGCACGAAGCUGGACCCAACAACAAAACCUGCACCAGAAAUAACACCUAGAGAAGAAGAAGUCACUAAGGUUGAAUCAACAAAAAACCAAAACCAGAGACUAGACCGAUGGAAGAAAGAUCCACAAAGGUGGACCCAACGACAAAACCUACACCAGAAAUAACACCUAGUGAAGAAGAAUCCACUAAGUUUGACCCAACAGCAAAAACAUCACCAGAGAUCAGGCGGCGUCGGGAGGGAUCAGCUGUUGAGAUGUCACCAGAAAAAACAUCCCCUCUAAGAGGUGGAACUUUAGCAAGACGAUGAAAAAAGAGGAAUGGAAGACUAAAGAAGUGGCAGAGAAAUCGGGGCCGAGAACAAACAAUGUCCACACAAUAAUUUUCAAUUAAAUGAACCAGUUAAUUUAAAAUUUUCAAAUUUUAAUGUUGUUUUUCUAUCUUUGUCUUCCAGUGACUCUUAAAUUUAUCAAGGUCAUGGUUAUUAUAACCACUUAUUAAAGACUCAGAACACAAAUAACUCAAGCUAAUAGACUACAAGUGAUGCUAUGUCAAAUCCCUUCCUGUUCUAUUUCUCUAUAUUCACAGUGUUGACCCUGGAAAUCUAACUAGCUGUUCUACCUUGCUGUGCUGACCAUGAUGUAGAGAAUAUCUACGUUAGUGUAGAACACCCGAAGGUCUGUGAUUUAUUUCAUGUACAUUUUGUAACAGUUUUUUUUAUAAUGUAUGUGUGUGUUGAAAAAUAAUGUGCAUAUUUAAGUUACCCCAUUUUUUAAUAAAUUUCUUUUGAGCAUGAAUUCCUUUUUUGUUUAAUAUAAAUCUGAUCUAAAUAAUCACAAUGAGAAUUAAUGCAGUUGAUAAUAGUUUAGCUAUUGUUACGAUUCAGAUUGAACCUUUUAAAAAUGACGUUCAAAAGCAAAGCCCAGCAGGAAGGAAACCAUAUUAGACUCGCAGCAUUUAAAAGCUACAGUGAUGCAUUUGUAGAUAAAUGCAAAUGUCAGA